GUCGGCAAAUAUUUCUCACCAAACUGAGAAUGCAAAUAAAACCAAUAAGGAACUUCAUACCGUCUGAAAAUACGAUCAGUUCAAGUGAUGCAGCGGUGAUAUUUUCAUAGGGAAAAGCGAGGUAGUGACGGGUUUAUCGUCAUUGUGUGCCAAACAAAUGAAUAGAAAUUAGAGCGAUUAUAGAAUUGACAUGUGAUAAGUGAUACUUAUCUUGAGAACAAUACGUGUCACCAGGUGGUGUGGGUUAGAUUAUGCAGUAUAAUCGAGUAUAAACUACUUGUUUUGUGUUGUUUCGAACCACAAUGUGCAAAUGUUGUCAAGAAUGUUUGGAAACAUGUUACUGGCACCUAAUAGAAGAGCGGUUUUGCUUCGACGAGAGCAUCGCUACCUACCAGGAACCAAUCACAAAAGAAGAAAGAAACAAUAACUUCUGCGAAAACAUGGCGUUCUACGAUAGCGUGUCUGUGAUAGCGGGAAGAGCGAUAGUGACGAUCGACCCUUUACCCGAAAAAGAGAAACUACCCAUAGUUAAUCAACCCAGAAGACUGAAUAGAGAAGAUAGCAAGAAGAAGAAGAACUCGAGUGAAAGUGCCAUUAACAGAAUUCCCUCCUUCGUUUUGGAUAAGGGCAGCGACGAAAGUACUACGGACAGCGACUCUCAGGAAAAUAUACGGAAUAAAGAAGAAACAAGAAAGACGGUCAGUUUCGAAAACAUCUACACCAAAAAAGACGACGAAGCAAAAUCUCCACCUAUUUCAAAAGCGGGAAGUGCCUAUUUGGAACCACCUGGAAAUGUAGAGCUGAGGAAAAAGUCCCUGAUGGAGAGAAGAUCCUCCAAAAGUCUUCACCUGAAAAUAGACUUUCCCAAAGAGUUGCCCAUAAUCAGACAAAGCUCUGUACCAAAGUUCUUCGUGGACACUCCAGAAGAAAACCAGGCUCCAAACACGUUAAUAAAAAACCCCUACACCAGCCUCCAAAGCCCUAUGGUUCAGCCGCAAUCUUUCCUGUACGACUUGAAGUCUGUUGUGCAGAUAGAAAGCUCCAAACAGAACACACAUGGAGGUGAUGGCAAUAGUUUGGCUCCCGUUCAUAGGGAGACAUCCAGGUUAUCGCAGAUCAAGGAGAAGAUCAAGUUAAAGAAGAGUAAAAGUACUCUCAGUGCGAGCAAUUUACCGCAUACAAACCAUAUUUAGUUCUAGUUAUUUCCUGCCAUACUUAGGUUCCAUAUAUAUGAGUUUUUAACUGGUGAUAUUUUGUCAAGAAUAAAAUAAUUGAUCAAAGUAAUCUCAACAAUUAACUGGAGAAGCAAUAUCAUCUUAGUUUUACUUAAAUAUGACAAACCUGAAUAAACUCUAUUUCAGCUUCCUCUA